AUGUGCUGCUGCAAUAUGAUGCACGUGACUACCGGUUCGUUCGUCAUUGGCAUUGUCGCAAUAGCGUUGAGCCUCAUGUAUCUACUUCAGUGCGUUCUUACUCAGAUUGGCGCUCAGCUUGUAGCUAAUAUAAUUUGUGUGCUUGUAUCAGUAACAUUGGCCAUCAUUUUGAUCUACGGAGUGAAAAAAUCGAAGCCUGCUUUUGUGUUGGCAUAUUUUAUUUUCAUGAUGAUCGAAAUCGCCUAUUAUGUUAUUAUGCUGAUUGUUCUAAUCGCUGCUUUAGCUUUGAUAACGACCAUGUCUAACGAUGAUCAUACGACUAAGGAUGCUAAUCAAUUAGCAUUAUCAGCAGGAAUAAUAGCAUGCUUUUUAAUGAGUAUUUCUCUGGUGCUGUUUUUGUGGUUUGCUGUUGUCAUAUAUAAAUGCUACAAAUACCUAUCAUCUUCUUCUUCCAUCGCCGCUUCUCCUUUCGGGUCGCGGAGGCAGACGCGUCAGACAGUGCUUCCA